UCCCAAUCUUCUUCACUCUCACAACUCACUACUACUACCCAAUCACUCAUACCUUUCUUAGUACACCUUAUUACCAACUAAUCUCAUUCACAAUGUCUGGCCUCAACCCCGGUGACAGCUUCCCCGCUGACGUUACCUUCUCCUACAUCCCCUGGUCCGAGGAGAAGGGCGAGAUCACCUCUUGCGGUAUCCCCAUCAACUACUACGCCUCCAAGGAGUGGGCCGACAAGAAGGUUAUCCUCUUCGCCCUCCCCGGUGCUUUCACCCCCGUCUGCUCUGCUCGCCACGUCCCCGAGUACGUUGAGAAGCUCCCUGAGAUCCGCGCCAAGGGUGUCGACGUUGUUGCCGUCCUUGCCUACAACGAUGCCUACGUCAUGAGCGCCUGGGGCAAGGCCAACCAGGUCACCAACGACGACAUUCUCUUCCUGUCUGACCCCGAGGCCAAGUUCUCCAAGAGCAUCGGCUGGGCCGACGAGGAGGGCCGCACUGGUCGCUACGCCAUCAUCAUCGACCACGGCAAGGUCACCUACGCCAAGCGUGAGCCCGCCAAGAACCACCUCGAGUUCUCGAGCGCUGAGGCCGUCCUCAAGCAGCUGUAAACGUGUCAUUUAAAAGACGAUAGACAUGGCAGGCGUCCGAUGAUAGAUAGCGUUGACAUUCAUAUUCUGGUGGGAUAAUGAAGUUAGAAAUUAGAGACAGCCACUAGAUAGAAAGAAAAUCAACGCGCUUACGAAGCUACGAC